AUGGCAUCAAAGAAAUUUGCUGUUAAAUGUGGGAACUUUGCUGUCCUGGUGGAUCUUCAUGUAUUGCCGCAAGGUUCAAGCAAAGAUACUAGCUGGUUUUCUGAACAGAAAAAAGAGGAAGUCUGUUUACUGUUAAAAGAAACCAUUGAUUCAAGAGUGAAGGAGUACUUACAAGUUCGUAAACAGCACAGGCCAUCAGAUACAGAAUUCACAAGAUCCAAUCCCUUGUCCUUAAAAGGUUAUGGCUUUCACAUCACAGCCUAUUUCCUCAAAAGAAGAAUACGUCUCCGCUGCCUCAGGGGCUUACCAAGGACAGAACUCCAAGUGUUUCCCGACAGGUUUGUGGUCUGCGUAAGUCAGCUUGCAUUCAGUCGUGAUCUUUUGACAAGUCAGAGUGAAGAGUUGCAGCCGGGAAGAGCUCUCCAUGGAGCGUCGGGGGAUCGUACUGGCUGUGUGGAACAACUACUUCCUCCUGGGGCAGAGCCCAGGAGAAACGUUCUGCGAGAAAUUGCGAACAGAACUGAGACAAAAAGCAGUGCCGUGAGCAGAUCUCGGAGCAACAGGGACAGUGUGGGAGCACCCAGUGACUCGGUGGCUGCAGAGGGAGCAUGGAGGAGGGGCGGCCGGCCAGCCUCAUCCAGCCCCCCGGCCAUGGGACAGGCGGAGGACAACAGGAAGGCAUCUGAGACCCACCAGGGGCUUCCUGCUCUGAAGCUGGAGAAAGGUCAUCAGGCCUGGCCAGGAGCAGCAGAAACCUCAUCCCAGGGUGCGGUUGCAGACCAGGCUUCUAAGCAGGAGCGUUGUCUGUGGCUGUGA